AUGUAUCCUGCAUUUAUAUUACUUUGUUUUGCACAGAUCGCCUUUAGUCAAGUUAUUGGCAAUGGCGUGACCGGUUAUAGCGUGCCAAUGAAUGGCAUGACCGCCAAUAACUUUGCGGCUAACGAAUACGCUGCCAACAACUUUGCAGCGAAUAGCAUUGUUGCAAAUAAUUUGGCAGCAAAAAACGCAGCUCUUGGCCAGAAUGUAUAUGGAAUUGAGAAUACUUUAGCUGAAAAUGAACUAAGAAAUCAGAAUGCUGCAGCUUUAAAUGCUGCAGCUGCAAAUGCUGGAAUGAAUGGCUUGUCAUUUGCUGGCUUGCCAAUAUCUGGCGUGCCGCCAGUAGCUUUCGGUGAUGUGGCUGUGGCUGGUGAAUUGCCAGUUGGCGGAUCUACAGCCGUGAAUGGCAAUGUUCCAGUCAUUGGUUUUGUAACAUUUGAGGGUCAUGUGCCAGCCGGUGGCACUGUAACAUUAGCCAGUAAUUGCGGUUAUAACAACCCAGCUGUUCUUAUUUAA